AUGGUGUGCAUGAAUGUUUUGGCAGGUGCUCUUAAGAGCAUCAGUAAUGCAGAGAAGUAUGGUAAGCAUCAAGUUCUCAUUAGACCGUGUUCUAAAGUAAUUGUCUGGUUCUUAACUGUGAUGAUGAAGCAUGCUUACAUAGGUGAAUUUGAGAUUAUUGAUGACCACACAGCUAGGAAGAUUGUUGUUAAUCUAACUGGUAGAUUCAACAAGUGUGCUGUGAUCAGCCCCAGAUUUGAUGUCCAGCUGAAGGAUUUGGAAAAGUGGCAGAACAACUUGCUGCCUUCACAUCAGUUUGGAUUCAUUGUGCUGAAAACUUCAGCUGGCAUCAUGGACCACGAGGAAGCUAGGCGAAAACACACAGGAGGAAAACUCCUGGGAUUCUUUUUCUAAACUUGCAACAAACAGGCAUACUAAAAAAUUGUUCAAAUGG